CGUCGGCGCAAGUAAUGAACGUCACCAGCAGCCAGUGCGCUUGUAUUUACUUUUCCUGCAAAACAUUUUGUGCGUUUUGCAAUGUAGUAUGGAUUUUCUGAGCAAAUCAAAUUGAAGAGAACGGGGCUCAGCUGCGAUGCCUCCAACCAUGGCGCUUAUAAGUGAUCCAAAGAUUGCUUUUUCCUACCUGCGUCCAGCUUGUGUCCUGCUAACCCGCGUGCCUACUUUGAGCAAUGUUGAGACUUUGAGUGCUCAGUUAAAAGAGGUCAACGAUGCCACCCUGCAGCAGCUCCAAGAUUAUGUCCUCUUCCCGCUCCGCUUUGUGCUCAAAUUGCCCGGGCCCAAGAAGGACAAAGUGGUGCAAGCUGUGGUUGAAGCCAUGAGUCACGUCCUGGAGAACACCUGCGUUCAGAGCUGGCAGACCCUCCAUGAACUCUUCUCAGAACUCUGCCUCUGCCUGUGUUCCCCCGAAAAUCCUGGAAAACCUGCAGAUACAUCCGAGGAGCUGAAAUUAGCAGCACUGCGAUGCCUGGACACCUUGCUUCAUGCUGCAUAUGGCGAUAUUUUAUUCCAAUUUUUUGAAAACAAAAUGCUGCCUGAGCUGGGAGCUGCCGUUUCACUGCUUCUGGCUUUAGCUGAGAAGGAGAAAUCCAGAGAUGUUCAAAUAGCAGCCUUGAGGUUCUUCCAGGUGUUGACUCUGCAAUGUGACUGCAAUAAGGAUCAUGUAGUGCCCUCCUCAGAUGAACGCGAAGCUGAAGGCAAUGCUAUGGCUUCAUUCUUACCUGGCGUUACAAUGGCAGUUGCCAGGAUCAUCACAGGAGAUUUGAGACAAGGCCACGGAGUCACAGUUCGAGCUGUCAAGGUUUGGUCCAGGACCGUCAGCCUCGUCAUGGAAGAUGCUCAGCUUCAGUCUAGUGAGCCGUUGAAAUCUCCCUCAACAGACCUAGGGAAGAUUGGCCAGCUGAUCGUCCGUCGCACAUCGGACUGGGUGAAGAACACGUCAGGAAAACUGUGCAUGCUUCUAAAGAAGAUUAUCUCCAGUACGGUGGCACACCAGCACUGGAAAGUUCGACUGGAGGUGGUGGAGAUGGCUGAGCACCUGUUGGACAGGUGUACUCACUCUUUGGGCGAGUGUGUUGGGCUGCUUCUGGAGGCACUGGUGGGAGCAAUUAAUGAUGAAGAGCCCAGAGUCAGAGAGAGGUGCGAAGUUGCGCUCAGAAAGGCUUCCCAGAAAAAUCAGAUACCUGUCAAUGCCGACGAUAUCAAAUGUAAAAGCAGCUCUCAAGCAUUCACUGACGUCCUGUCAGAGAAUCUCCACUCUUUGGCCACUUCACUACCCAGACUGAUGCGGACCUCUGAUGACCAAAAGAAGCUGUUUGUCCUUAAUGUCUUUCUGGGUUAUUUAAAGCUCCUCGGACCACUGGUGUCUGUGGUGCUGAACUCUGCGGUGCAUCUUGAGAGGAUUUCGAAAGCCCUGAUGCAGGUGCUGGAGUUGGACGUCACAGAUGUCCAUAUUGUAGAAGAACGAAGUCACAAUGCCACAAUAGAAACAAGCUCAGAUUCCAAUCACUCGACUCAUGUACGGAGGAAGCAUUUUCUUUUCUUUACAGAUGAAAAGAUCUUUUCUGUGCUCACAGAGAUCUGUCGGACAUUAGGUUACUAUGGCAACAUUUUUCUGCUGACGGACCACUUCUUGGAUCUGUACCGCCAGUCAUCAGCGUACCGGAAGCAGGCCGCAAUGAUUCUUAAUGAGAUCAUCAGAGGCGCUGCUGGCAUGACUCUCGUUACAGAGGGAAAAUGCCUGGAGGGUGAGGGUGGAGGACUUCUUCCCUCUCAGGAAGACCUUAAAGCAGCUGUGAUGCUGGUCAUGGAGGAAUACAUCAGCCUCAACAACUGGAACUUGAUCACAGUCAAUGAGGAGACUGACAGAGAUCGACUGGACCAACAGCUACUGCGGCCGCCCGUCCUCCUCUCCAUAUCCAACAGUCAUGCCGACCGCCUUCAAGUCAUCCCUUCUUCUCGUGCCUCCCCGCCCACUUCAACAGUCCACCAACUCAAUAGUAACAUUUGGCAGCUGUGCAUCCAGCUGGAGGGUGUGGCCUGCUUCGCUCAGGCCCUCGGACACCACUUCCGUCCCCUGCUAAUGACAUCACUGUACCCGGUGCUUGAGAAAGCGGGCGAGGAAACGCUUCUGAUCAGCCAAGCAGCACUGGACUCCAUGUGGGACAUCAGCAAGGCCUGUGGCUACUUAUCCCUGAAGGAGUUGAUUAAUGAGAACUCGGACUAUCUGCUCAAUGACAUCUCGCUUAACUUGCAGAGGCUCAGCCAGCAUCCGCAGGCUCCAAGGGUGCUGACGGUGAUGUUGACUCACUCUGACUCCACCUUGCUGCCUCUGGUCCGAGACAUCAUCCAGGAUGUGCUCAUGGCCCUCGACCUCAGCUACGAUCACACCGCCUCUCUCUUCUGCUCUGUACUGCACGCCCUCAUGAAGGCACUCGCGAGAUGGUUUCCUUUGACUUCUGGAAAAACCAAAGAGUCUUCCCGGUCAAAGCAAACCUGCGCCGACCAGGAAGUCUUUAACAUCCGCCAGUUCCUGCUGGACUACCGUAAGCAGAGAGAGCUGGCAGAAGGCAUUGGAAUAGAGGAAGAUGACCCUGAAGACUUGGAGAUUACUCCCCCCACAGAUUUUCAAGAAGACAAUGAUGCUGAUGGUUGUGAUGUGGAAGCAGAACUUCCCACCCACCUCAGCAUUACCAAAGACGUUAUGGAGCGUUGUAUUCAUCUGCUGUCUGACUCAAAUCUCUACCUCCGACUUAAGGUGCUGGAUGUACUGGAGCUGUGUGUUAGUGUGCUGAGUGAGAGGGAAAACGAAUUGUUACCCAUGGCCCAUCGUUGCUGGCCCCCUCUCCUGCAGAGACUGACCGCUGAUGACCCACUAGCCGUCCUCAGAGCCUUUAGGGUUUUGUGUACUUUGGGUCAUACCUGUGGUGACUUCCUGAGGAGGAGAGUCUCAAAGGAGGUUUUGCCAAAGCUGACCUCCUCUCUGGUUAAGCAGGCUUCCAUUAGUGCUAAAUCAGGACCGGUCUACACUCGCACGCUGGCCUACAAACUGCAGCUGACGGUACUUGAGGGGCUGGGCUCACUUUGUCAGAGCUUGGACCUGGAUGAAGAAGACUUAGAUAUUGUUUGUGAUGCGUGCCUGCCCUACCUGAGCUGCAGACAACCCAUCGGACUGCAACAGGCCUGCUUAAGUGUCUUCCACCACUUGAUCCAGGUGGACCCCGAUGCCUUCUGGUUGACGUUAAAUGAGAUCCACUGCCCGUCUUCCUUUGUUCCACCGCAUCCCGACCUGCAGCCCGUGCAGCUGAGUGGGAUGGGACGCCCCAGAGAUGAGUACUCAGACAAUGUCCUCAAAUUACUGCGGGAGGAAUUUGGGCAAACAGGUGAUGAGUAAAGCUAAUUGUGACUAAUGCACUUCCAAUGGACAAUUCAUUUAAGAAGACGACUCGUGUUUGUACAGAUGUUGUAGACAUUUUCACUAAAGUUCUAAUUUUCUAUAAUCAACCAGGUAAUCUUUGCCUGUUACUGUCACAUCUUUUUAUCGUGUACCCCCCCCACUCCCACCUAAUUAUGAUUAACAAAGUAAUUUUCCUGAAUAUACUGAAAAAUUGUUUUGCAAAACGAUAUCAAUGCAAAUCAUGAUCAUAAUGUUAAAUCAUUUCCAUUCAAUGAACAUUAAUUGACCUGAGUGUGUUUGUCACUCAUCUGUAUUCCAAAUACAUACCUCAUUGUUAAAACCUU